CCAGGCCCAUCUGUCCCCACCCAGCUGAGCCAUGCCCUCCCUGGGGACCAUCUGCAGCCUGCUGCUCCUCAGCGUGCUCUGGGUGGACUUGGCCAUGGCAGGCUCCAGCUUCCUGAGCCCCGAACACCAGAAAGUGCAGCAGAGAAAGGAGUCCAAGAAGCCGCCAGCCAAACUGCAGCCCCGAGCUCUAGAAAGCUGGUUCCUCCCAGAAGACGGACGUCAGGCGGAUGGAGCAGAGGAUGAGCUGGAAAUGCGGUUCAACACCCCCUUUGAUGUUGGAAUCAAGCUGUCAGGGGCUCAGUACCACCAACACGGCCAGGCCCUGGGGAAGGUCCUGCGGGACAGCCUUUGGGAAGAGGUCGAUGAGGUCCCAGCAGCCAAGUGAUCAUCCACAGAACCUGCCCGCCUAUCUGAUGUCCUCCAACUCAAGAGGCACUCCCCUGGCUUUUAAAUUACUUCUGCACCAACUCCCAGCUCUGCCUGGUACUAGCUUAAGAGGUGAAUAAAUGUUCAAACUGUA